AUGACGCAAUUCAACCCCGACAACGACCCUGUCACCAAAUUGUUCGCGAACAACGCGCUCGACGAUAGUUUCUACAACCUUAACGAGGCAGAACUUGCGUUUUUCAAGGCACAAACGGAACUGCAGGCUAAGGAAGAACUCAAGCGGCAUAUUGUUGACAUACAAAUUGAAGCCUACAAAAUUUACCCUUACCCCUGCAUCCGCAUGUUCACAUUCACUUCGUACGUGAGCGUUGAUCUAGUUACAUCGCAUCCGUUCAUCGAGAAGCACUCGUUCUCCUCUCACCAGAGAGAGAAGACGCGGUCUUUCUCGACAUUGGAUGUUGUUUCGGAACUGAUAUCCGCAAAGCCAUCGCGGACGGAUUCCCCCUCAAAAACUCCAUCGCCUCCGAUCUCCAUGCUCCUUUCUGGGACCUCGGACAUAAGUUGUUCAAGUCCACGCCUGACUCAUUCCCGGCCCGCUUCAUCCCAGGAGACGCCCUGA